AUGAGUUUGUUUCAAAGCAUCAAAAUUCCCCAGGUGGGAAUUGAGUACCAGCAGCCUCUUGGUUUGUUCAUAAAUAACGAGUUUGUCAAGUCCAGCGAUGGAAAGGUAAUCGAAACAGUGAACCCAGCUACAGAAGAACCAAUUACUUCUUUCUAUGCUGCAUCUCAGGAAGAUGUGGAUUCAGCGGUUAAUGCUGCCAGAAAUGCCUUCGAUAACGUGUGGAGCAAGACUUCUCCAGAAGAGAGAGGAGCACUAUUGUUGAAGUUGUUCGAUUUGAUCGAAAGAGAUAAACAUCUUUUGGCAGCCAUUGAGACAUUAGACUCCGGUAAGCCCUACCAUUCGAAUUCCUUAGGAGAUUUGGAACAGAUCUUGCAACUAACCCGGUUCUUUGCCGGAGCAGCUGACAAGUUCAACGCAGGAAGCUACCUUCCUGUCAACCACGAUAAGUACGCAUAUACCAUGAAGGUGCCAUUUGGCGUGGUCGCACAGAUAGUGCCAUGGAACUACCCAUUGGCAAUGGCCAGUUGGAAAAUCCAAUCCUGUUUGGCCGCUGGGAACACCAUUGUGAUCAAGCCCGCUGAAAACACAUCUCUCUCGCUCUUGUACUUCGCUCAGUUGGUCAAAGAAGCAGGGUUUCCACCAGGUGUGUUAAAUAUCUUGCCCGGUUAUGGUGCCAUCGCAGGUUCUGCUCUAGCAAGCCAUAUGGGUGUCGAUAAAAUUGCGUUUACCGGCUCCACAGCUGUGGGCCAAAAAGUUAUGGCUCUUGCUGCGCAAUCAAAUUUGAAAGACGUCACUUUGGAAUGCGGUGGUAAAUCUCCUUGCGUCAUUUUUGCCGAUGCAAAUAUAGACGAAGCCAUACAGUGGGUUGCAGGAGGUAUUCUUUAUAACUCAGGCCAGAACUGUACAGCGAACUCCAGAAUAUACGUCCAAAAAGAAGUCUAUAAUGAGUUCUUGGAAAAGUUCAGCAAACAUGUUGCAGAAACUUGGAAAUUCGGCUCUAAAUCAGAUCCAUUUGACGAGGACUGUACCAUUGGACCAGUGAUCUCAAAGGUUCAGUACGACCGUAUUCAAUCCUACAUAAACCAUGGUAAGGAAAAAGAAGGAUUAACCAUCAAACAAUUCGCAGAUUAUCCUUCUAAGGGAUAUUUCAUCCCACCCACUUUCUUCACUGAGGUUCCAAUAACAUCAAAACUAUCUCAAGAAGAAAUAUUUGGUCCUGUCGGUGUCAUCGCACCCUUCUCUGACUAUGAUGAGGCAAUCAAACUUGCAAAUGACUCUUCAUAUGGAUUAGCCUCUUGCGUAUUCUCUGAAAACGCCAGAACCACUGCUCAAUUCGCUCGUGACAUUAAAUCAGGAACAGUCUGGAUAAAUUCAUCUAACGAUGAAGAAAUAUCUGUUCCAUUCGGUGGGUUCAAAAUGUCGGGAAUCGGUCGUGAGUUGGGACCAAGUGGUGUAGAAGAGUACUUGCAAACAAAAGCAGUUCAUGUUAAUAUAUCUAAACUGUAA